CGGCCUCCAAUUAGCUAAAUUGGACUAAAAUAGAAAGGAAAAAUCCACCAUCCACUAACAUUUUAUUUGGUGCAUUUGAGGUUCCUUGCGAGAAAAAAAGUUCAGCCUUGAGCUUUUUCCGUCAUGCUAAAGCCUCGUUUGAACCACAACCACAGCCUCCCAUCUUUUCGGACAUUCACGAUUCCAUUACAUCAAGGAAGAUAUCGUUGACUGUCAAGAAAUUUUGGAAGUUCUACGAUCAACAUGGCAGGCCCACCGAACAAAAAGCAGAAACGGGAGGAUUACCGAACUGCGAGAGAAAAUGGCGAGGAGAGUAAGGAAUUGCCAAAGAAGAAGUUCUACAGACAGAGAGCGCAUGCAAAUCCUUUCUCGGAUCAUCGUCUGGCAUAUCCCGCUUCCCCAGCUCAGAUGGAUUGGGCUUCGCAUUACCCCGCCUAUGCAGAGUCCGCAACGGCUUCUGAAAGCACAGAAGAACCUUCAACAGUUUCAGACUCUAGCAGUCCCAAGAAGAUGAAGCAAGACGUUGAAGUUGCAGACAUUGGUUGUGGAUUUGGUGGUUUGACAGUAGCUUUAGCUCCCAAAUUACCAAAUUCUUUAAUUCUUGGUAUGGAGAUUCGAGCGCAAGUCACAGAAUAUGUACAAGAACGAAUUAAAGCUCUAAGAGUUCAAGAAAAGGAAUCCGGUCUAUUUCAAAAUGCUUCAUGCAUACGAGCUAAUACCAUGAAAUUUAUGCCAAAUUUCUUCAAAAAACAUCAACUCUCAAAGAUUUUCCUUUGCUUUCCAGAUCCUCAUUUCAAAACACGAAAGCAUAAGGCUAGAAUUGUAUCGACCACAUUAGCCGCUGAGUAUGCUUACGUAGUUCGACCGGGAGGAAUCAUAUAUACUAUCACCGAUGUUGAAGACCUUCAUAAUUGGAUGGUUACACAUUUCAACGCACAUCCUACUUUUGAGCGCGUUGCAGAAGAGGAGCAAGAAGCAGAUGAAUGUGUCAAUAUAAUGAGAACGGAGACCGAGGAAGGAAAGAAGGUUACGAGGAAUAAUGGACCAAAAUUUGUUGCAUUGUUCAAGCGUUUGGAAGAUCCUCCUUGGUAAAAGAGGGGUGAAGCAGAUGUCAAAAUAUCUAGAGGGGAUGUUAUUUACACAAAAAAUGACGAUAGGAGCCAGUCAAUGGGAAUUUAUGUUGAUCCUAUUCCUGACGAGGGUUGCGAUUGUCGAAGGUCAAAUAGAGGAAAUAAACGAAUACAUAAUUCGAAAUCAUGCCUACAUU